UGAUAUUUUUGUCCGGGGUGUGUGGGAGGGUGUGAAGUUUUGUUUUUGCUGGCCUUCCAACAACAUCUGAAGACAAGACGAUGCUGUCCAACGGGAGCUCUGUGUUGGGGCAGUUUAUGGAGAUGGAGGUGGCGUGGGCGAGGGAGAUGGCCAAAGUCAGGGUACAACUGUGGCUGGCUGUGGCAUUGUCGGCGCUGCUGGCUCUGCAGGUGUGGAGGAGGCUGAGGCGGCAGGCGGUGGCGGCGGCAGCGGACUGGGGUCGCCCUACUCUCCCCGGCCCUUUCCCCUGGCCUGUGAUCGGUAACGCGGCUCAGCUCGGCCGCCUGCCCCACUUGUCUCUGUGCGGGAUGGCGCGGAGAUACGGCGACCUGUUCCGCAUCAAGCUGGGGAGCCGCACGGUGGUGGUGCUGAACGGGGAGGAGGUGAUCCGCCAGGCGCUGGUCAGGCAGGGAGCCGACUUCUCCGGCCGCCCGGACUUCACCUCGUUCGGGGUGGUGAGCGGCGGCCGGAGCCUGGGUUUCGGGAGACACAGCGACUUGUGGAAACACCACCGCAAAUUGGCCCACUCCACCGUGCGGGCUUUCUCCACGGGCAACGCCGACACUAAGAAGGCUUUCGAGGGCCAUGUGGUGUGCGAGAUGUACCAGUUGAUCCUCCUGUUCGUGGACAGGAGCCGGGAGGGGGCUUACUUCGACCCGUGGACCAGCGUGGUGGUGGCCGUGGCCAAUGUCAUGUGCGCCGCGUGUUUCGGCAAACGCUACGGACACGGGGACACCGAGUUCCAGGCGCUGCUGUCCAGGAACGACCGCUUCGGCAGCACGGUCGGGGCGGGCAGCCUGGUGGACGUGAUGCCCUGGCUCCAAUACUUCCCCAACCCCGUGCGCUCCGUCUUCCACGAGUUCAAGCAGCUCAACCGCGAGUUCUACGCCUUCGUCAAAGAGAAAACCAAGGAGCACCGCCUCACAUUCCGCCCCCAGCGCGUCCGAGACAUGCUGGAUGCCUUCAUCCGGAUCAUUGACCACAGGGGGGGCACCGACCUCAGCAGUCACUAUGUGGCGUCCAGCCUCGCCGACAUCUUCGGCGCCAGCCAGGAUACUCUAUCCACCGCCCUCCACUGGAUGAUUCUCUAUCUCAUCUGGAAGCCCGAGGUGCAGGAGAAGAUCCAGGAGGAGGUGGACAGGGUGGUGGGGAGACAGCGUAUCCCCACGGCGGAGGACGAGCCUCGCCUGCCCUACCUGGUGGCCUUUCUCUACGAGACCAUGCGCUUCAGCAGCUUCGUAGCGCUCACCAUCCCACACUCCACCACCAAGGACACCUCCCUCAUGGGCUACCGCAUCCCCAAGGGCACGGUGGUCUUCGUCAACCAGUGGUCGGUCAACCACGACCCCCGCGGCUGGAGCCAGCCCGACCUCUUCGACCCGUCCAGGUUCCUCGACGCGGACGGCGCCAUCAACAAGGACUUGACCAGCCGAGUGAUGAUCUUCUCGCUCGGGAGGAGGAGAUGCAUCGGCGAGGAGUUGUCCAAGGUGCAGCUCUUCCUCUGCCUGUCGCUGCUCACCCACCAGUGCGCCUUCAAGGCCAACCCCGCCGAAGAGAUUACAUUGGAUUUUAAAUAUGGCCUGACCUUAAAGCCCCACACCUUCACCAUCAAUGUCGCGCUGCGGGACUCGAUGGAGCACCUGCAGUCGGCGGCGGAGAGAAUACAACAGGAGGAGGACAACCAGUGAACACAGGGUGGGACUCAAGUAACUUUCAAUUCGUCUUGUUUCUAUUAAGCGGUUCAAUCCCAUUUCCCUAAUCUGGUCUGCGCCGUUUGGCGACCCUUCACUCCCACACGGCACCCGGAGCAAAUCCUAACCCAUUUCGGCAAAGAUUGGGGUGUGUGCAUGUUUGCAUUUAGGGGUGACCCUCGCCGGACUGACCCCUGUGCAUGAGGGGGUGGAUAAUGUACAGAAAUGUGUGUUUUAUUCUCAAAAUGUUGUGUUUACAUUUAGUUUGGCCCGACGCCAAUUCCAUUGGCAAUCCUUUCUCUCGCACGAACCCAACCGAGUUAUUCUAGAGAGUCGUCACACACUCCCAAAUCCAGGACAAGGGGUCACAGUUUAAGGAUAAGGGGGAAAUUCUUUAGGACCGAGAUGAAAAAAACAUUUUUCACGCAGAGAGUGGCGAAUCUCUGGAACUCUCUGCCACAGAAGGUAG